AACCCAGGAGUGUGUCCAAGCAGAACAUAUGAACCAGGAAAGUGUGCCCGGAUACGUUUUGUGUCGUGUGCCGAUGACAGUGACUGUACCGACAAUGAGAAAUGCUGCAGCAAUGGAUGUGGACUUCAGUGUAUGGCUCCAGUUACAGCAAUGGACCAGACCAAGUUGUACAUCGACCCACCGGGAAACCUCCAGGUGAACCAGAUGCCCAGUCUGCCCCUGCCAGGAGUGUGUCCAAGCAGAAGAUAUGAACCAGGAAAGUGUGCCCGGAUACGUUUCGUGCCGUGUGCCGAUGACAGUGACUGUGCCAACAAUCAGAAAUGCUGCAGCAAUGGAUGUGGACUUCAGUGUAUGGUUGCAGUUACAGCAAACCCAGGAGUGUGUCCAAGCAGAACAUAUGAACCAGGAAUGUGUGCCCGGAUACGUUUCGUGCCGUGUGCCGAUGACAGUGACUGUACCAACAAUGAGAAAUGCUGCAGCAAUGGAUGUGGACUUCAGUGUAUGGCUCCAGUUACAGUAAAGCCAGGAGUGUGUCCAAAGACAAACGGUGAAGAAAUAAGGUGUAUCAUGAAGGGUAUCAUUCUUUUAGUAGGAUGA